AUGGCUCUCAAGGUCAAAACUGCUGAAACCAAGGUGGUUCUGCUGAACCUGGUGAUCUGCAUGGGGGUUUUCUACACUGUCUACUACGUGGUGCUGUUUGUCUGCUUCACAGCAUUCAGGAUUGAGAUGUUGGAUGGGUUGGCACCUUUUGAUUUUAAGACAAGUCCCUCCUGGAUGAACCCCUACUACCUGGCUCUUGUGAUAUCCUUGGAAAUAACCUUCUCCAUCUGUGGGCUGCUCUUUGCCCUGCUUGUGGAAGAAUGGGUCUGGGACUAUGCAGUGACAGUUACUGCUCUUCACAUCAUCAUCACUGCAGCUGUUAUGUCUGAGUUCCCCCUGAUGUUGCACUGGUGGCUGGCACUAGGCUCUGGAGUGACUUCAAUGGUUUGUGGAGGACAGAUUCUGGCCUACUACCUGUUCAAGGACAACUUCAUCUACCCAAUUCUAGAUGAUUUUUGA